AUGCGCGUUCUCUGCGGCCCCACCUCCCGGCGAUGGCUUCCUGUGAUCCUCACUUUGGUAGGGGCUCACUGCUCCAGCUCGGCCUAUCUUCGGGACGCCGAAGACGAGCUCUUUCCUGGCUGGCUCGACUCUGUCUACUCCGGCCACUCUGCCACUAUCAACGCCCCAUUCUGGCCGGACUUCCAAGCUGAAAACCGGAGGCUCGAGGCUCCGCAUGCUCAUGAUGGCACCUUUCUGCCCGUUCCGAACGGCCCCAGCUCAGGCGGCGAGGGCGAAGUCGAUGAAGACCAUGUGCCAACUCAAGACGAAAUAUUCAUGUUGCUUGACGAAUUGAACCCGCACACUUUCCCACAACUACCGGCUCCCAUCAGCCGCAACCAGCCUCAAAGGAGUCGACCUUUGCAGCAGACUGAAAGCAAUCAUAUCCAGCCCCCGCAACCGUCCAGCCCCCCCGCUCCUCCUCCUCGAAUGAGGAACAGAAUCCCCAAAACAGUCGUCGACGAGCACUUCCGCGCAGUGCAGUCGAAGCUGCGAAUGGAGUAUAUGAAAGGCUGGAAAUCCGGAUGGGAGCGACAGCAUGAUCCGUUGCCGAUUCUUUCCAAGACCAGGGGCGGCGAGGACGGGUUCACCGCCAUCAAGAUUGCCAACCGCACCGGGACAGAGCCGCAGCGGCUGGGCGCUGUAGAAUCGCGCUACCGGAAGCUGGUUGCCCGGAUCUACCAGUGCCACGCGGCAGACCAGACGACGCGUCCACCCGGGGCGCGCGCCAUGCCGGCCGUCCGCGCCGUCGUCGCCCGGCUCAACCAGGACCUCUUCGCCCCCUCAGACGACACCGGCGUCCCGCUCUGGGGAAAGACAUCCAGAUUCCUCCGCGGCGGCUUCGCCAAUCAUCGCUGGAACAGCGCCCAGCUGCUCUUGGCUAGAUACUUUGCCUGCGAGCCCGAGCACCCCGGCCUACGCGACCAGGUGGCCCGGUUUUUGAUCGGCGCAGCUGGCCCCGCCUCUCCCGAUUGUAAGCCCUGUUCUCGGCAAAUCCCUGCGGCGGGGUCCCCUUCGGCUCAUUCGCUGUCUCUCCGCUCGUAUCCAGAGCUUCCAGAAGCACAGCCCCCCCGCCAAAACUCCCGAUCAUCGAUGGCUCGCAUCGAGCCGCUCUACUCCAGCCCAGUUACUUUAUGCCUGUCUUUUCAAUCUAUGCAGCACCUAUCCAAUCAUCGACUGUGUCCAGCUGCUUGA